CACAGCUUUUCGUCAAGACAAGCCUGAUCACAAUGGAUUUAGUUGCAGGGGUGAGAAAAGAGGGCAGCCGCGGCGGCCGCGGCGACUUCAAAUGGUCCGACGUCAAGGAUUCCACGCAUCGCGAGAACUACCUCGGCCAUUCGGUCAUGGCCCCUGUUGGUCGCUGGCAGCAUGGCAAGGAUCUGUUCUGGUAUGCAAGAGGGGACGGUGACGAUGAAGACAAGGCCAGGAAGGAGCGCGAGGAAAAACAGCGCGUCAAGGAGGCGGAGGAAGAAGCGAUGGCCCGAGCUUUGGGUCUUCCGAUACCACCGAAGGCUUCAGAAAACGCCAACUUAGUCCCGUUAGGAGAGAAGGAGGUCCAGAAAACGCUCCAGGAUACCGCUGGAGAAGAUCUUGAGGACGGAGUAGGGAAGGGCAUUGGGUAUGGCUCGUCCCGACGCGGCGGCCGGACAGAGACAGAGAAAGGGAGCGUAGACAUCGCAGACAUGGUGAUGAGCGCGAGCGUCAUCAUCGGAGUCAUCGCCAUAGAUCUAGGUCACGCGAUCGUGACCAUGAUCGUGAACACAGGAGAAGGCGUUCACGCUCACGGUCAAGGAGUAGAGACAGGAGACGUGAUGAUCAUAAGAGGCAGCGAGAGGACCGUCAUCGCACUCACCCAAGAGAGAGAGACUCUUCUGACCACCAUCGACGGCGCUGAGCAAGCUCACCACACCUUGUUACGCAUGGGGUUUCGGCGUUUCGGAUUCAACGUUGUACAGACUUUGGUGUUACUCUAG